AAAAGGUCUGAUGGGAUCCGUUGAGCAAAUUGUUCAGCUUCAUGGCCACACCGACAAGGCAUGGCAAUUAGCGUGGAAUCCAGUUGAGCCUCUCGUUGCCUCAUGCUCGACCGACAAGACUGUUCGAUUAUAUUCUUACACUGGCUUGGUGCACCCGAAAUUCACUUUGUCUACCUCUAUAUCCACUGGCCACACCAAAACGGUUCGCACCAUCGCAUGGUCUCCAGAUGGGAAGCUUUUGGCUACCGGGAGCUUUGAUUCGUCCGUCAUAUUAUGGGAGAAGCAACCCGCUGAAGAGGAUAAGGAUGAUCCAAGCACUGGAGAUGAUUGGGACAGCAUCACAAGAAUUGAAGGCCCAGAAAGCGAGUGCAAAUGCGUUGCCUUCUCCAGAUCUGGGGAAUACCUUGCAACUUGCAGCCGAGACAAGACGGUUUGGGUAUUUUCAGUAUAUCCGGACGACUACGAAGUCAGUAGUGUCUUGAUGGAACAUACUCAAGACGUGAAAUGUGUUGCUUGGCAUCCGAAAGAAGACAUCUUAGCGUCCAGCUCAUACGAUGACACCAUCAAACUCUAUCAUGAUGAUCGGGACGACGAGUGGUACCCAUUCGCCACGCUUACAGAUCAUGCCUCGACUGUCUGGUGCAUGUCCUUUUCCCCAUGCGGGAACUAUCUCGCAUCCUCAUCAGAUGAUUUAACGAUCCGCUUAUGGGAACGACAUGACGAUGAAUGGCAUACCAUUAAGGUCCUAAACGGGACUCAUGAACGCAGCAUCUACUCGGUAUCGUGGGGUAGAGGAAGAGGCGGGUUGGGUUGGCUAGCCAGCGGGGCAGGAGACGGAAGAAUCAACGUCUGGGAAAUGACACGUCAACCACAGGAACCAAUAGAGGCGCGAUUAAUCACCACCCAAGAGAACAGUCAUGGUGUUUCAGACGUGAAUGCUGUUGCGUGGUGUCGAAGAGACGGGUAUACAGAUAUGCUAGGCAGCGUCGGCGAUGAUGGGUGUCUUCGAAUCUGGCGUAUCACCCCAGACUGAUUAAUGCUUGAUUGACUGAUGCAGGAGUCCUGAUCAUCGGCGUCUUUUCUUCCCGAGCUCCUUCUCAACCUCCUCCUGUCUCCGUAUACCCACCCUGUCCAGGAAGUCAUGUUUCGCUAAUGACCCACCUGAGCGGCGAUUGACAUCUAGUUCUUCCUUGACAAACUUGUCCGUGUCUGCCAAAUGAGUUGACCAGUCAAGAGCAGACUUUUGAAGCAUGGUCAACUUUUUUGGCUUGGACGACAGAAGGUUGACGCGAGGCCUGCGUGGGCCGGGCCGUGGAUGUGCAGGUGUAAACUUAGUAGCAUCCUCUACAACGGUGAGACUAUUGCAGUCCAGGGGCGCAUGGUUUGUGCUGGUAUUCGAUAUGCCUUCAUUGGUCUUGCUCGCAAGCCAUUGUUUUGCCUCGUCCGAAUUCGCGGCGACCACCUUUGUCUCCGUGAUCUCUUUGCCUGCGAACUUGAAGUGCUUCUCUAUCUCAAUCAUUUCAAUAUCCUUCGCAGUCGCACGUGAGGAGUCGGCCAAUGAUGCCUGGAACUCUUCCCACAUUUCCUGUCGCUGUUGCUCUGCAACCACCCUUCCUUCCACGAUGGGGCUUUCCAGUCGCGGCUUUUUGGCGGUGGGUUCCUCCUCGCUUUCAGAACCUGGGAACAUCAAAGAGUAAAUAGAAAUAACAGGCGGCGUUUGUAUACGCCACCUUCUGCAUUGGACGGGGGCUUGUAGUCUUCAUCCUCAUCAUCGGAGGGAUCGAGAU